UGGAGCGAAAGGAAAACAAAAAAGCAAUCGUGAAUCGAAAGGCGCACGCGGCAAAAUGUAAAACUUGCUUAUUGGUUUAUUUUUAACAGUUGCCGUCACCGCAUUUACAGUCGCAUUUUGGCCGAUUGCUCGCGCGCCUCGCUUGCGUGUGUUAAUUUAAUUUUUUCAGCCAUUUUAGCAACUGCUGCGUAGACUCGGCGGUUAUUAAGCCGACAGAGCCAGCAAAAUCCAUAUUGCAUACAAAUACGAUUACAAUUCGGGAAAAAAUACGCGCCUGCAGUUUGCGGAACGAUUUCGUACAGUACAGUACUCACGCAAAGGCGCGUUUGUUCCGAAUUUACUGUACUCGCUUUUCGAUUUUUGGGGAAAUUCCACUGCAGCUGGCGCGCGAUGGUUUUGACGAAUUUCGAGUGCUGGGCACAUGGUGAUCCGUCGUCGUCGGCCGCCACUUUCGAAACCGGAGCGGUGCGUCCUUCGAUGGAUCCGUUCAAUCCACGUGCCGUAACCUUUAUGACCGACGCCAACAACAAUAGCGAUGGCAAUCACCUUGUGGGACAACCGAUGGCGGCCGGCCUUCCCCAGGAAGUCCUGCGCUGCAAGAAGCGCCUAAAUCCAGCUCAUAAUCCUGUCGGGGAUCUGGACACGGACCAACCGGUGUACACCAAGAGAUGUCGCUACGACGAGUCCGACUUGGCUGCCCAGUACUGCAAUGAUUUCUUUUCGUUGCCUGCCACACAAAUAAUCGGAACACAGGCCUCUUUGAUGGAUUACGAGAUGCAGGCCACCGGCGGCAUGAUGAUGGAAUCGGAGACGAGUUUUCCAGCACAGCAACAUCAACAGCCACAUCCACAGCAGCAGCACCAUCAACGCUUUCAUCAGCAUUAUCAAGGUCAUUUGCAUCGCGCUAACCGUGAUAAUCCGCAGAGCAACGAGUGCCGCCCUUGCAGCAAAAGUCAAGAAAAUCUAAAGAUGCUGUUGGCAAAAUCAAAUUAAAGCCGAUAGGCAGCGAAGUCGAAGCGGACUUGUAUAUAGCCACACACGGCGGUAGUUUGCAUCACUUUCGUGGGCUCGGCGGUUCGGAGCUAGAGGAGUCUGAUAUAUGAUAAAAUGACUCGGAACAAGCACUGUACAUCCUAACCUAAGUUGUAAUAUAAGCUGUCACAAACUGUCGCAAA